AUGAAGGGCUUUACAGUGGUUAAUAUCCCUAUAACCCCUGUAAAAUACCCCAAAUGGGCUACUCCAUUAAGAAUUGUAAAAAAAGAUGACGGCUCGCUUCGAAUUUGUGGUGACUACAGGACAACUGUUAAUUUAGCCAUAGAGACUGAUACAUUUCCAUUACCAGCUGCUAAUGAUUACUUUGUGAAAUUAAAUGCUGGAAGAGUUUUUAGUAAGCUUCACUUAAAACAGGCUUACAUGCAGAUGAAAGUGGACAAGGACACAGCUAUGUUGUUAACACUUAAUACUCCGUUAGGGUUAAUGAAGAUGAACCGGUUAGCAUUUGGAGUAAACGCAGCUCCUGGAAUCUUCCAGCGUGUGAUGUCGACUGCACUCGCAGGUAUGGAAGGAGUAGCAUGUCUAUUGGAUGAUGUCGCUGUUAGUGGAAAGAAUAAGGAGGAACAUGAUCAAAGACUACGGGCAGUCAUGGUAAAAUUAAAUGCAAUGGGAUUUAGGUUAAAUCUGAACAAAUGUGUGUUUGCAUCAAACCAGAUAAGUUUUUUAGGAUAUAUGAUUGAUGCAGAGGGACUGCACCCGUCACCUAUUAAAGUGAAAGAGAUAAAGGGGAAACCAGCACCUAAGAACAGAGAAGAACUACGGGCAUUUUUAGUUUUAUACAAUUUUUAUGAAAAACCCGCGAGCGACGGUAUGGAUAGAUUGAUAAAGAAGCUUUAG